CACACCAAUCUCACAGAUAAAAGGAAAAAAGGAAAGGCCUUCGGUAUGAAAGUCACAAGCAUCGCGAUCUUGUUUUGGCCCUUCUCCAUGCUAUUAUUAUCAGACAAAAGCCAGACUUCUAAAACUGAAGUCAAAUGUAAUUUCACACAAAAGAAUUAUUCUUUAAUUCCAGCGGAUAUCAGUCACAAUGUUACUAUUCUUGACCUCAGUUGUAACCAAAUUACUCUGAAUAUUACAGACACACAGGUACUACAGAUGUACUUUUUACUCACUGAGCUCUAUUUGACUAAGAACAACAUCAGUACCUUACACAGUAGAAGUUUCAGUAACCUCUCCAAUCUAGAAAUCUUAAAUAUCUGUAAAAACUCCAUCAGUGUGAUUCAACAAAAUGCAUUUGUAGGCUUACAUAAACUAAAAUACUUACACCUCUGCCAAAACAAAAUAUUACAACUGGAUCCUGACAUAUUUGCACCUCUAAACAACCUGAAACUUCUGAAUCUGCAAGGAAAUUUGUUACACUACUUUGAAGAACCACAACUAUUUCAUCUGGAAAUAAUAAUUUUAUAUGGAAAUCCAUGGAACUGUUCUUGUAGUCUAUUCAAUUUGCAGAACUGGCUGAACACAUCAGAUGUGAUACUCGAAAAUGAGAAUAUUACCAUGUGUAACUACCCAGAAAUCCUGAAGCACUACAGUAUCAAAACAGUACCCUACACUGCAGAAUGUCACUCAAAAUUUACUUUACCUAUAACUGAAGAUCUUUAUAUUAAUUUUCAAUCCAUUGACAACUCAACUUUUAAUAGCUCUCUAAGCAACUUAACAAAUUCAGAACACGAACCUCUUGGAAAAAGUUGGGCUUUUCUUGUUGGUGUUGUUGUCACUGUCCUGUUGACUUCGCUCCUCAUUUUUAUUGCUAUCAAAUGCCCGAUGUGGUAUAAUUUUCUACUUAGCUAUAAUCACCAUCGCCUGGAAGAGCAUGAAGCUGAAGCUUGUGAAGAUAGCUUUACGGGAAAUACAAAUUCUCUCUCACAAAUACCAGACAUAAACUCUGAAGACACUACAGUAAUAUUUGAAAAGUUACAAUCAUUUGUGGUAGAUGAUGAUGGGUUUAUUGAAGAUAAAUAUAUAGAUACCCAUGAACUAUGUGAAGAAAAUUAAUUUCUUUCAAUGUUUGACAUCUCAAAAAAUAUUAUCAGUCCACUUACAGCUUAGACAUAGAGAGUUUGAAACGUGACCUAUCAAAUUUUGUAUUAACUAGUACAAUAUCGAUGGAGAUGAAAAAUUAUGUUUUUCUUAUUGCAUUGAGAAGGUAGAUCCAAAUGCAGUAACUGACAAUGCUAGCUAAAAUUACAUAGUUAAUGUACAAUUCUCCGCAUUUUUCAAGAGACCACAGGGCUAUUAAAAAGAAGGCUUAAAUUAUUCAUUAAUAUGAGUAAACUUUCAUACUAACAUAUUUGACAUAAUAUAUAUUAAAUUGUACUAAAGUGCCAAUGAGUGAAGAAAUAAAGGUUUUGGAUAUAUAUCAUGAAUCAAGGUGUAGCAGCAAAAGAAAUCACCAACAGAGUAAAAUAAAAAAUCCACAUAUUGGGAAAAAAUUUUAGCCAACCAUCC